UUGCGGGGUAAAUAAUGGGUGGGCUAAAUCUCAAUGAAGUUGGGUUUCUUUUAGUUACGGGAGCAUCCCGUGGGAUUGGGCAGACAAUGGCUGUGGAAUGUGCCAAAGUGAUGAAGCCCGGAUCACUUAUUCUCCUCCUGGCACGUUCAGCUGCUGGCCUGGAGAGUACUAAAGGGGAGAUUUUGCGUGCCAAUGAUCGUGUGACCAUUGUUACGGCCUCCGUGGAUCUCAGUGAGCCUUCUAAGGAAGCUCUCGAGGGGAUUGUGACCAAAGCGCUGGCCAAUAGUUCCAAGGAAUCCUUUCAAUACGCCCUGAUGAUUCACAAUGUCGGCACUUUGGGGGAUGUGGGCAAGUGGGCUGUAGACAUGGAUAAUCAGGCCAUCUGGAGGGAACAUUUUGCCAUGAAUGUCUUCUCCGUGGCCAUCCUCAAUGCAGUCUUCAUGGCCACUUUCCCGGAAACGAAGAAAUUCAUCGUUAAUGUCACAUCCAAGGCUGCCAUUGAGCCCUUUCCCAGCAUGUCUCUCUACUGCUCUUCUCGCGCUGCCCGGGAGAUGUACUUCCGCUGCUUGGCAGCUGAGAAUCCCACCAUUUGCGUACUCAACUACUCCCCAGGACCCGUGGAUACGGACAUGGCAGCGGAUAUUCGCACAAAUUCCAUCGAUCCCGAGCUCAAGACAACCAUGACGGGACUCUUCACAUCCGGGAAUCUCGUCACACGCGAACAGACCACGAAGAAAUUCAUUCAAGUCCUCCAGGAGGGAGCCUUCGCUUCCGGAGCUCAUGUGGAUUACUACGAUUAAAGCUUUUUUUUUUUCGGCACAUUCCCACUUUGUAGAGAUUUUUUUAUUGUUGCAAUAUACGAGCUUUUUCCUGCUCAAAAAAACU